GGAGAAAAUUUGGUCUGUAGGACUGUGCUUGCUGCUUACACAGAAAUUGGGCGUCCACGUGAGAUACAAAAUUUGGUCUCGUUACCGUUCGUGACAUUGCAAGUUAGGAAAAGGGUCACUGUUUAAAAUAAAAAGAUCUCAAAAGCUGUCCAUUUCCAUGGCCACAAGAAGAUUGGAAGAAGGCAAAGAAUGGAGUCAUUGACCACAGAUUUAGAAGACUUUGAAUACUCCGAAACGGCCUCGUUCGUGGGAACUUGUUUGAUCUCUUCUUCUGACUUUUAAUAUUAAUAUUAGAGCCUUCUCGGGCUUCUUCUUCUUCUUCUUCUUCCUUUGCUUGGAUUUCUAAACCAGAAGCUACUGAAAAAGAGGAUGACCCUGAUCAGUUUCUGAGCCAAGUAAGACGACCCAUCAAGAAUAUCCGAGUGAGAAUUUGAUGAAAUCUUUAUGUCCGCGAGGCAAUUCAAGUUGUUCAGUGGGCUAUUAAUUCCUCAUAGCGAGCCGAAUUGACGUAUUGAUUUGUCUGGGGAAGGCCCAAGUGAAGAAAUUCUAAUUGUGUCUUAGAUCUUUGAAGAUGGCCGGGGUACAAGAUCAAUUAGAGAUCAAGUUUAGGUUGACUGAUGGAUCAGAUAUUGGCCCCAAAAGCUUUCCCGUUGCAGCAAGUGUUGCAACCUUGAAGGAAAGUAUUCUUGCUCAGUGGCCCAAAGAGAAGGAGAAUGGUCCAAGGACAGUGAAAGACGUCAAGUUAAUAAGUGCAGGAAAAAUAUUGGAGAACAACAGAACACUGGGGGAGUGCCGGAGCCCAUUGUGUGACAUCCCUGGCGGAGUUACGACUAUGCAUGUUGUUGUUCAACAGCCUUCUUCGGAGAAAGAAAAGAAAGGAGCAAACAAACCAGAGCAGAGCAAGUGCAUGUGUGUUAUAUUAUGAUUUGCAGUUUGAAUGGUGGAGGUUAUAUUAUUAUUAGGUAAAGAUUGUUGGAGGUGGUAAGAUAAUGAGAGUUGGUGGCUUGCUGAUUGAUGCGGAAUUAUGCACAUUUAUCAUGAGUCAUGUUUCUUUGCAGGUUAAUGAUUUCCUCAUAUGGCUUUUGCCUUUCCAUGCAUUUGGUAUAUUUUGUUCAUUGUGAAAUAUAUGGGUUAUGUUAUAAUGAAAUCACAUCUCCAUGGCAUAUUUAGUUACCUUACGCAUUUUGCUCAGAAUAUUACAUUUUAAGUUUGUUUCACCUCAUUAA